AUGGGUAUAUCCAGACAGACAAAAAGGAGCUGGUCGUCUCAAUCUCAAGUCUCGCCUCCUGCCGUCGAAUCCUUUGGCCGCCCGCGAGGAGAUCGAAAAGGCCUUCCCGCCGACCGACCCGAUGAGCGCAUUCGGCGUCGUCAUUCACGCCUACGACACAAUUGCCCAUCGAACCCUUCUGCAGGCGCCGAAAGAGAAGGCCGAGCUCGUCUUCAUGCCCAUAAUGUGGUCUACUUCAUCGCCCAAAGUUGGUUGCUCCGAGAUUGUAGCCGAGCCCUCCUACUCCUCACGGGUCUCAUGGUCCAAAUGACCGUCCGAGACACCAACGCGUCGACUCCAAACCCCGGGGGCGAGGUGGCAUCUGAGGCAGGGGAUAGUCCUGUGACAGAUGGAAAGAUCCUUUCUUCCCCACCAGAGUUAAGACAGAAGGAGAAUCUAGAACAACAGAGUAAGGACCUACAAAGCUUGGAUCCAUUCGUAAAGGCUUAA